AUGGGCAAGACCGAUUUGCGGGUGCUCGGCCAGAUGCCACUCAAUGCCGAACCACCAUGCCUCGUAGAGCUCACGAAGCACCCUAUUACACCGUUGCACCUGGCAUAUGCCCGUAACCACUCUGUGAUAAAGGAUCUAGCAUCCGAAUUUGACAGUUAUACUGUCAAGAUAGACGGCGAAAUGGAAGGGGUGGAGGAGAAGGUGCUGAACGUCAAGGACAUGAUUGCAUCUUUUCCAAGAAAGGUCGCCGUAGCUGCUCUCAUCUGCGCUGGUAACCGUCGUGCCAAGAUGCAAGAAAAGACUGGGAAAGAAGUGCGAGGUAUCAAGUGGUCCGAGGGUACCAUCGCGAAUGCACGCUGGGGCGGUGUACUUCUGCGUGACAUAUUGCUCAGCGCAGGAAUCCCUGAACAGGAAGACGCCCAAAAAGGUUUCCACGUCUGCUUUUCUUCGAACGUUGCGCCGUGCGAGGAUGACGCGACUUAUGGAGGGUCUAUUCCACUUGAGGAGAUCAUGGCCAAGGACGGUGCUGCUAUGCUCGCAUACGAGAUGAAUGACGCACCCCUCACGCCAGAUCAUGGAUACCCUCUGCGCGUCGUUGUGCCAGGUUACUUUGGCAUGCGAUGGGUUAAAUGGGUGGACCGUAUCACUAUUUCCAGGAAUGAAUCGCCCAAUUUCUAUCAGCAGCGCGAUUACAAGAUGUUGCCUGAAUGCGUCACCUCCCCAGAGAAGGCCAUUAAAGAGGAUUGGUGGGGUCGUACACCUGCGAUGCAACGACUUAACUGCAACUCGGUCGUUGCCCGCGUCCAGUGUCUGACAUUUAACUGUCCUGACCAGAAGACGCUCAAAGUCACAGGCUACGCCUACUCCCACUCCCCUAUCUCCCGUGUGGAAAUCAGCGGAGAUGGUGGUGAGACAUGGCACGAAGCACGAAUCACAUACCAAGAAGGUAACUGGAGUUGGUCACUGUGGGAAGGCGAAGUCGUAGUAGACAUCGACGUCGAUGCUCUCGAGUGGGCUAACAACGGUCAGAGGAAUGGGCGCUCGAAGACCAAGCUCACGGUGAUAAGCCGAGCGUUUGACCAUUCUGGAGAUGCACAGGACACCGAUUGCCGCUGGAACUUGAGGGGCGUAGGCUUCUGCGGCGUUGGCAUUGGAUCGGUUGAAGUAUAA